AUGAAAAUUGCACUAUUUCUUCUCAUUGCACUAGCAGCAAUAGCCCAUUGCGGCACUGUUCCUAAUAAAAAAGACAAUGUCUUUGGUGUCGGAACUGCGGUUGAACUUGAGGAAGUAGACGAAGGCUUAGUGUCUGCACGAGGGAGAAAUAGCGAGGAAAACGACAGUGACGAUGACAGCUCAAAUAGUUCAAGUUCAGAGUCCGGGUCGGAAGAAUCGGGCGAAAAUGGACCACCGACGACAACAACUCGUCGGACUACCACUCGAAAACCUACCACGACACGCCGGACUACCACGACUAGGCGCCCACCUACCACCACGCCCACCACGCCAAGACCCACCACCACGACCACUACGACCACUACCCAGCGUCCCACUACCACGACCACUACAACACCGAGACCUACUACGACUACGACUACGACAACCACUCCCAGACCUACCACCACUCCUACAACGACGACAACUACUCCAAGGCCCACAACCACGACACCACCACCACCUCCUCCUUCAACCACUACCGAUCUGCCUGGAGAAUGCAAAAUAAUUUGUCGCGUCGGGGAUCACUACUUGGUUAACCCUGCAAAUUGCAACUCUUUCUACCAAUGCUCAAACGGCACACCCAUCUAUCAACCAUGCCCACCCGAUCUUGUGUUUGAUCCGAGAAUCAACGUUUGCGUGACAAGGGACACGUACAACUGUGUCGAAACUUGUGAUCGAGUCGAGGUUCUUUACAGGACAAGGGCUGGCUAA